GAGCCUCAGCCUCUGGUUGGUUUUUCAAGGGAGGGCAGGCAGCUGCACUCCUGCUCAUAGCUGUUCACACCCCUCCUGGGCUCUUUUGUUUUCAGUCUGAGCCUGAGGAAACUCUCUGCUGGAGUCAGACAAGCCAGGGGCCGUUGGCUCUGCUCAGGCCAUGCCCUCUGCAGGCAUGCCAGCUUCCUAUCUCACGGGAAGGGAGUCAGGGCAGAAUCUCCCUCUGGGGCUUCCCCCCUCCGGUCUGCUCCUGGCAGGUUAAGAAGCCAGGAGGCUGGAAAUGCUGCCUUCUCCCUCCUGCCCUUGAUGGAGGAGUCCAGCUGCUGUCCCAUGGUGAGUCCAGGCAGCCAGAGUCCCCUGGCCAACACAGAGUGUGAAGGGAUCAGAUACCCUCCAGCCAAGGCCAGGGUCUCACUCCUGCUUAUGGCAUCUCCCAUAGGCCUGGACAAGCCCCUCCACUUCCACCCCACCACCAAGGGCUUCCAGAUACAGCUGGAUGCAGCAUGCCGCACAGCAAGCAGGACUGGCACUUUCUGUGAUGGCAUCGUCUUCAGCAACCGGCCUGUGCAGCUGGACGAGAAGGUGGUGCUACAGGUGCUGUACACGCAUUCCCGCUGGGACGGGGGACUCCGGGUUGGCUUCACCAGCCUGAACCCCUCGCAGAUGAUCCCUAAGGACCUGCCCCACUUUGUCUGCCCAUCUCUGGUGCUGCAGGGGCAGACAUGGGCAUCCCUUCUGCCAACUGCCUGUGUGGGGCAAGGUACCAUUGUCCGAUUCUGGGUGAAUCGCAGGGGCCAGGUCUUCUUUAGCAUCAACAACAAGCCCCGCAGCUUACUCUUCAAAGGCGUGCCAGUGGAGGGCCCACUCUGGGCUGUCAUGGACAUUUAUGGCCAGACCAAGGCUGUUCAGCUGCUGGACCAGUAUGGAGUCCUCCAGGAGCUCCCCCCUGAGCUGCCCUGUUCCUUCCCGCUGGAUGAGCCAGCACGCAAGGAUCCCUACCACCUGAGCAUGUCCAGUAUGGAGAAGUGCACCAUCUGCUACGCACGUGUGGCCGACACCCUGCUGUAUCCCUGUGGCCAUACUGACUGCUGCUAUGGCUGUGUCCAGAGAAUGCUAGCCACUGAUGCCCGGUGUCCCAUCUGCCGGCAAAACAUCAAGGAUGUGGUGAGGAUUAGCCUGCGAAGGACAGCCCUGCAGCCCCAAUCCUCUGAGGGUUUUGAGAGCACCUGGGAGAUGCCUGAAGAGGCCAUGCUUGGUGCUGAUGGGCAUGGGGAUGCAGUGACAUCAUAUCAGCUCUGAUGAACCCUCCCUGCCCCAAAGGCUGGGUCUGAGAUGGCCCCAAUGUCUGCGCCCAGCUGAGAGGGAGCAAUGCUCCUUGGUACCGAACCAGCCAUGGACUGAGGGCUUAUAGGUAUGUGGAGAUGUCCAGUAUGCAAAAAAUCAAUUUAUGCAAAUGUACAUGUAUUUAUAUAUCUCUGGACAUAUAAGGAUGCUCUUAAGUGUGAUAGAUAUGU